UUUCCUUCUCUGUUCGGUCGAUGAUGUCAUAAAGAGCAAUAUGAACUAUAUCUGCCUGACCCCUUCCCGGACUUCAAAUCUGCUUGAUGAGUUGUUUCGUAAAUCAUUUCCUAAAUCCGUGUCUGAUGAAGUUGGACAGUUUUAUCGGCACCAUGUAAAGUCAUAGCAGUCUCGCUAACAAUCAAAAGUCUGACGUACAAGGGAUGAGUUCAACACCACAAAAAGUUAUUCGAUCAGUUGGUUUAUCUUGAUUCCUGCAUGCUAACUGGAUGGGGAUAUACUUCUUCCUUCAUCCUGCCAAUUAAACGACGCUGUGACGACUUUUGCCCGUGAAGACAGAAUUGUAAUUCCAGUCUUUUUGUAGUAUGAUAGGUCUCCCUCUUCCUGGAUUUGACUUCGUCAGUACAGAAGAGACUGAGCAAGGAUAGAGUCUACUUCUGCCUUCAUGUUGCUUCUACAAGGAUUUUCUCUUGAAUAUUGAAUCUGUUUUCGUUCUGUAGUGGGUCUAUUAAAACUGGAGCGGGUACUUGGAGUAAACUCUUUUCUCGCACGCACUCGGCCAAUAGGUGUAAAAGAAAAGGAAUCACUGCAAAAUGAAAUUGGAGAGUUCCAUGUGUGAUGGCCGUGGUGUAUUUCAUCCUUGUGUGAUAUUUUUGUGUUUUCUCUCCACCUUUCGGUCACACUUUGCGUGGUUGUGUAUAUUAAUGGUGGGACAUCUGUAGUGUUGUCUCUUUGUGAGGUGACGUACCUUGGUUGGUAGACACAACUCUGCACAGCUAUGUACAUACGAUUAUUUAUAAUUCCCCCGUAAGAUCACCUUGUGACUGAUUCGUUUCCCCCAGUGAUAGUACAGAGGGACAUUACUGGUUCUAUUUGCAGAAAACACCUGAGGUGGCCGUAAUGGCAGCCGUGAGCCUCAUCUUGUUGACAAGACUUGUCGUCCUGGCAGUAGUCUCGUGUGUUUCUGGUCAGUCCACAUCUACCAUCAACACUCCUUCCGGAUCUGUUAGAGGCCUGGUUAAGUCCGUUCUGGGUCAGGACAUCGCACAAUUCCGUAACAUCCCGUACGCGAAACCUCCGAUUGGAAAGCUUAGGUUUCAAAAGCCGGUUCCCAUAGAUCCGUGGGCGGGCACCCUAGACGGCACAGCUUUCGGACCAUCAUGCAUGCAAGAGAAAUUUAUAGGAGGCGAAUAUCAGUGGUCAGGAAUAGAAAACAAAAAAUUAUCAGAAGACUGUUUGCAGCUAAAUAUUUUUACGACUUAUCCGAUCUCUACAGCACAUAAGAAGCCGGUCAUGUUUAUGAUUCAUGGCGGUUCCUUUAUAAUAGAGCAAGGAACGGCGUACGAUUCGUCCUACUUCGCAAUGAAAGGUGUUGUUGGGGUAAACAUCAACUACCGUUUGGGUGUAUUUGGCUUCCUGAGCACAGGAGACAAUAUUUUACCUGGUAACUACGGACUCUGGGAUAUGAUAGAAGCUCUGAAAUGGGUACAGACAAAUAUCGCAGCAUUCGGAGGGGAUCCCGACAAUGUCACCAUAUUUGGCGAAUCGGCAGGUGGAAUAUCUGUAACUUUACUAGCAAGUAUCCCUAGCAACCGGGGUUUAUUCCACCGAGUGGCUGCUCAGAGUGGAUCUGCAACAAGCCUCAUGUCGAUAUCGGAGGAUCCCAUCCGAGUUGCAAGACAGGUGAUCAAAGAAGUAGGAUGUAUACCGACUGUAAAUUCAACCAUCAACAGUAAUGUACUGACUAACUGUCUCCGGUAUGUUUCUGCUGAAAGGUUGAUGAAUGCUUCUCUCGAUCCAACCACCAACGUUCAUUACUAUGGAUACUUUUCCAUCGCCUCGCAGCUCUACCCAGUCGUGGAUGGAGAAUUAUUUCGUAGGAAGCCGAGGGACAGUUUAGCCGAUCCGAAUUCGGCGGAAUCCGUCUUUUUCUCGUCUAUCGACUUGAUAGCAGGCACAAUGGACAAUGAAGGAGCAGUUGCGUUGUAUAUGUUUUACCCUUAUGAACAGAGUAUGCUGUUUAACACUAGCGAAGGGUACCCACCAGAAUUACUCUGUGAUCUUAUGGCCCCGACUGUAGCCAGAGACAUGUUUCAGGCUGGUUCUGACAUAUCCGACAUGAUCUGUAAGAGAUACAGUACAGAUGAAGUAGGACAGCGGAGUAGAAAUAUCGCUAAUCUGUAUGGAGACUCUUGCUUUUUGGCACCAACUGUACAAAUUCUCGAUUUUCAUAAUCUGGGGAAAGGGUCGGGCAGUACAUAUCAGUAUGUGUUUUCCCAGGUGACGGAUACUCCCUACCUGUUCGAAAAACCCUACUGGGUGCAGGGUGCUGGGCACGGGGAGGAAACAGGCUACCAGUUCGGUCCUUAUAACCAGGCUCCUGCGUUUAGGUCCACCGAGCAGGCCAGGGGCUUAACAGAUACAUUCAACUCAUACUUCGUCAACUUUGCUAAAACAGGGGACCCAAAUGGUGCCGGUUUGGUGCCUUGGCCUGAAUACAGUUUUGACGACCGGAAAUAUAUAGAUAUCAAGCAUGAACCGUCACAAGGGAAAGACCUGUUCAAGGCCCGGAUGAAGUUCCUAUUGGAUGAGAUCCCAAACACUUUAAGUGUCGGUGACGAAACCAGCUCGGCUCCAGACCUGUCUCUGUCGGUUUACUAUUUGUUUUGGAUUGUUUUGAGAGUCUUAAUUCAAUAAUAAAAGGGGAAAUAAAUCAAUA